AUGGAGGGAGAAAUGCAGCCCGCAGAUGAAGGGCCCUGUGCCCCGAAGAUGAGCCGACAACAACGGGGUCCCUACAGCACCCUGAAAACCUUCCAGAGCAAGCGGUCGGCGGGCAAGUCGCGGUUUGACAGGUCCGCUGUGGUCGAGGUGCCUGUCUUUGGUGAUGGGGGCGGACAUCACUUCACUUAUCACCCCGGGCAGCCUCAUCCCUUCCAGCCGCAUCAGCAGCAGCAGCAGCGGCUGCAGCUCCAGCAGACCAGCGUCACCAUCAGUAGCAGCCAGCAGCAUCACCCGACGCCACAGCAGCAGCAGCAGCAUCGUUUCCCAUGUGAAAGCAGGCCCAGCAGCAGGGUCCCGACAUCCACCUCAGCGACGGCGGGCAGCGUGGCGGCAGCAGCACUUGAUGCCCAGCAGCGGCGCACCAGCAGCGGCACGGCGGCGCACCAGGAGCCCAGGUACUCUCCUGGACGAGUCGCACUAAGCCAGGAAUCCCCAGACUGCACCUACGGUAUAAGCUCAGAGAAUCGUCUGAUCUUGGAUGCCUUUGCCCAGCAAUGCAGCCGAGUCCUAAGUCUUCUCAACAACGGCCGACUCCUGGAGCCGUCGUCCUCCCUCCCCUCUAACAUCAAGCAGGAAGAUGGGCCAGGGGAAGGUCAGGGGUUGCAGGGGGGCCACUGUUCCUCUCUGGGGAAGUCAAAACCUGAAGAAAGCACCUCCACCACGGACACAGAUGAGGAAGCCCAGCGAAGCCAUUUGAACCAACAACAAACCUCUGCCUUUCUGCGCGUCUUCACAGACUCCCUGCAGAACUAUCUGCUCUCGGGGCCUCAGCAGCAGCCGUCCCACCUGACUGCAAGCCUGGAGGAUGAGCCAUGUCCCCCAGCAGAGCCUGGAUCCGGUGUGUCUCCUCAGCGGCACAACCUGGGCGGCUGGAGCUCCCCAACUCCAUCAGAGUCGUACGGCCACCCCUCGUCCACUUUACCCGAGGAGGAAGAAGAGGAGGAGGAGAGCUGCUGUCCGCGCUGCCUGGAGCUGGAGCAGGAGGUGCUGUCUCUGCAGCAGGAGAAUGAGGAGCUCCGCAACAAGCUGGAGAAUAUACCAGUUCCCUGUCAAAAUGUUCUCGACUACUUUAAGACUGUUCUUCAGUUCCACAACCAGCUAGUCCAGCCGAUGCCAGAGGAGCAGCUCACGGAGGAAGAAGAACGGCAAACAGUCUUUGAGGGUAGUAAACAGCUCCUGGGGAACUAUCCGCUGUUCAUCACUAAUAAGCAAUGGGACGAAGCUGUCAACUCCUCGAAGAAAGACGGCCGACGGCUGCUGCGCUACCUGAUUCGCUUUGUCUUCACCACAGACGAGCUCAAGUACUCCUGCGGCUUGGGCAAAAGGAAGCGCUCCGUCCACUCAGGAGAGCCCGGCCUGGAGAGACGACCGCUCAACCCUGUCAAAGUCAGCUGCCUCAGAGAGUUCAUCCGGAUGCACUGUGCCUCAAAUCCAGACUGGUGGAUGCCGUCAGAGGAGCAGAUCAACAAGGUGUUCAGCGACGCGGUGGGCCACGCUCGCCAGGGCCGGGCCGUCGGCACGUUCCUGGGCAGCAGCGGCAGCGGCAGCAGCACCAGCAGCCUCUAUAUGGAGGGCUACGACGGCCACCUGUCACAGGACGAACUCUAUUUGAAAGGCUGUCAGAACGGCCAGGUGGAUUGAAGCUGAGGGUAAAAAUGGAAGACAAAUGCCUAAAAUGUAGCUGUACAACAUAUCCCAAAAUGCUGACUUUUUGGUGUCACUUUACACAGGGAAGUAAAACAUUCCAGAAGAGGUAUAUAUCAUAGGGAAUAUAAGCAGAAUCUCUUUGAAGUAGUCCUCUUUCUCGUAGUUUUGUAGCUCUUUUGCCAUUUUUACACCUUCUUUAAGUCUUUAAGGGUGCUUUAAAUUUUACACAAAAUUUGAGUCUUCCGUUUGCUACUUUUUAUAUGGUUUGAUGUUUGUAGCAGUCAUAUAAGUUUAAUUUGAGGGAUAGGGUGCAACCAAACACAGGGGGGCACGAGCAUGGGAUGGGAGUUUACUAUUUUUUCUUUUCUUUUCCACAUUUCACAAACGUAAUUUAAAGGAUAACACAUAACUUCAGCUGUUAUUCCUGUUGGAAUGCUGCCCAAGUCAGAGUCAAAUUUCUAAAAUACAGGCUGAUAUAUUUUUUUUUAGACAAGGCCUCUGUCCCCAUCUCUGACAUCCAGCCACCACUCACAUUAUGGAAACUAAUAUCUGAUCCUCAUGCAUAAAAUGACAUAUCAUUAGCUAAGCACCUUUAAUAACAACCCCUCUACAGGAGUGCCUCUUCGAAAGGUUUCGAGAAUGAACAAGUCAUGUUUUGUAACCUGGUUUUUCAUAUUUCUAGUCCACUUUUCCAUUUGAUCAAAGAUUGAGAUGUUAAGGGACUCAUUUCUGCAAAAAAAAAAAAAAAAAAAAGAAGUGAAGUGAAGUGAAGUUUGACAAAAUGUAGUCUAUCCAGUGUACAAUACAGUGUGUGUUGUAAAAGUGUUGGGUUGAAACCGGUUCUGGUCAGUGAUGGUGUGCCACGGCAGCCGUGUUGCAUCGAAACGUCUGAAAUUCCCACGGUAGAUUUCAAGAUAUGCAAUGAAAACUUUGCAACACAAGUUAGGGACUCUUGUCACCACUGACCACAUCCUCAGUUCUGUAAAACUCUGUAAAAGUGACAGAUUGAAAAGUAAUUCAUUAUUACUAUUAUUAUGAUUUUUAACAGUUUGAUAGUUAGCCUUAUAAAAUCUGUACUGGUUACAUGAUAUCUCCAAAAUUUGUUUUGAACAUCACAUUCCAACAUUACAUUAUGUUGACUUUUGUCCGAUAUUCUAAAAAUAAUACAAAAAUACAAAUUCAGAGGAAAAACUGGAACACAAAAGCUCAAACAGACUGUUUUGAUACUGAUGUCAGGUUUUAUGUU